UGCUCGUGAUCUGUCUGUGGUCACACUGGACACUUGCAUUUUAGCUGGAAAAAAAGCUGCAGAAAAAUAUUGGCAAUAAAGAGCAGGAGCAGCCCAAGCAUGGACAAGGCCGAAGUGGGCAGUGCGUGCCUUGCGGCGCCAAAGCGCCGCUUUCCGGUCAGUGAGUAUUGUGGUCCGGAACCGGCCGCACCAGCUCCGCAACCGUCGCUGCCACGAAUUGUGGCUGAAGAGGAGCCGCAGAUAAAACAGCGCAAAAAGGAGAAUGAACCGGAUCCCAUCCAGGACUCUAAUCGCAACCUGCUUGAUUUCUGCGAUGAGCUGCUCAUCGAGAUCUUCCAGUACCUGGACACAUUCUCCAUCAUGGCGGUGAUGCACUGCUCACCCCGUUUAGAGAGCCUUCUUUUGGACCAUCGCUUCUAUCACUGCAUAGAUCUCAGUAACGGGCCGCUGCCUAUGGGCAUUCUCGAAGAGAUUCUAGGACGAGCGACUGAAAAGACGCACACUAUAAAAAUCUGCGGGCCGCCGUCCUCCCAGCAUGUGGCAGGCGAGUUUCGCCAGUUCACUCAGACCCUAAGAUCUGUAUUCCCCACUGUGUCCACCCAGCUAAAAGUGCUGGAACUGCAGGGCGUCAGCCUGGACUUCGAAUACAUACAAAUAUCCGAGUUUCCUUCUUCGCUAAAGCGUCUCAAACUGAAGGACUGCAGCGUUAAGGUGGGAAACGGGUCUAAGAGCAUAUUCCACACAAUUGAGUUGUACUUGGUAGAUCUAGAGGAUCUCAGCAUUGAGGACAAUAGUUGGUUCGAACCAUAUUAUAUUAUGGCCCUCUCAAAGCUGCCUUCCCUGCGACGUCUUAGUCUUAAGGGCUGUGAAACACUCUGCAAGUUUGUUCCCUAUGGGAGCAUGGCUGCCCGCUUUGGCUUUCAAAAACUUGAGUCAUUAGACUUACGUUUGACGCCAAUCAACAACCCAGAUCUGCAGUGUUUUAGCGCUAUCGAGAACCUCAAGGAGCUGCUGCUGGAGUCGCCACCAAACGUGCCCGCCGAACCGGGCUACUCAGAGAAAACUAACAAUGGCAACGCAACAGAGGAGGCUGCUUUACCACAGCCAGAUUCGCUGAAAGUGCUUAACGACGAUGAGCCGUCUACAUCGCGGGCUGCCAUGGAGCAUCUGCGUGCAUGUAAGAUUGCCCAGAGCAAGGAGGAGUCAGCUGAUGUAUACAAUUUAGACAACUCCAACGAGAGAAAAGAGAAGGAGCAGUCGCCGGUACCAGCAGAUCCACCUUCGAAUAGCCAAGAGCUACAGAUAAAAAGAAUCAGACCUCUGUCAGAAUCCGAGGAUGAGGACACCUCCUCCACGUCAGCCACCUCAGCUUCCUCGUCAUCAGAGGUUUCAUCUCCGCACAGCAAUGGCCAUAACGGUGGUGCUCCUGUUCCGCCACCGGUGUUAGUUAUUGCAUUGCCAAGCGUGGCCGCCGAUAUUCCACCUCGUCCACCGGCAGCCGAUGCUAAUAAUGCCGAAGGUAACAAUGCCGAUGCUCCCGAGCAAGAAGGCAGACCUGAAACCAGACGCGCGCCACAUGCCUACAUCUACGUGCCCGAAGUUAAUGAGAACGCUCGACACUUACGUAAUGUGAUGGCUCUGAUUGAGCAGUCGGCGGAACAUUGUCGGCAUCUGCGCGGCAACAAUCCUGCCAUAAGUCGUUUUUUACCACGGCAUGACCAGGUUAUAUACAAUAAUCCUCCGAUGAAUGUCCUAAUGCCCACACGUCGUCAUCGUUCACAUCCGCGUCCGAACUAUGACCAGGUACUACAGCAUCCGAUGUUUUGGAACAUGCUGGACCCACUGGACCGUGGACACGCUCGACGAAUGCGUCACCGCCCGGCAGCAUGUCCUACUUCACCUCAGUACUUCGUCUCGGAUCGGGCGAUGUAUAGCUUUGGGCAAGCGUCGCGCCCUGUACAACCAGACGUUGUGUGGAUUCGAAACGUCAACCGUUCGCCGGACAACAGACUGGAGCGACUGUCGUUGCGAAACUAUCACCUCAUCACAAAUCACACGCUGGAGCAUCUGGUACAGUGCUCUCCGAACCUAAUCUACAUUGAUGUGAGUGGCACAAGCAUAACGCUCUCGGGAUUGCGCCGCUUUAAGAGCAGUAAGCCGGAGUGCGAAGUUGUGGCCAGCCACUUGGAGGAGUUUGGGGACAUUACCCUGGAUCCGGCUAAUCAGGAAGAGGAAGGAGAAGAGGUUGUGGUACCGCCCAGCGACGAGCCUCCGCAUCAUGACCAGCAGCCACCGAAAUCACCUCCUCCGUCUCAGGAACUGGUGGCCCAAUAGAAGACUCUCUCCUCUUGCAUAUUUUGUAAUGUAAACAUAUUCUUUGUCGAAAUAGGCCGUGCUGGAUUAUCAUUUUAGCAAGACGACGACAUGGCCAAGCCGAUGAACACCCACAACGCUGGCUACAAGCGAGUGCUGUAGCUCAGCCCAUUAGUAUUACGUUCCAAACUAAUCAAGCCCCUGUAUUAUACGCCAGGCCCAAUGCAUUGUAUAAACCCAAGAAUCCCAAAACCACAAAAACCCAAAAACAAAACCUUUAGUUAGACAUUAAAGAAAGACCGAUCCCUUUGGUAUAUA